GUUGUGCUUGAACGCGGCCUUGUGGUGGUUGUGCGCAUGCCACUCGUGAUGUGUGCCGCGGCGCGGUCCGUCCAAGGCCCAUAGAGAGCUCUCCUCUGCUCCUCUCCGUCACCUCGGACACACCGGUGUGACCAGUGCGCUCUCUGAGGAUUAACCGCCCGUCCAUCAUGCUGACACACGCCAGGAAGGAGCUCAGCCUGGACGCCCAAGGAGGAGGAUCCUUGGACGCGUCCCGGCUGACACUGCGGCCUGCCGCGCCGCUCGACCUCGUGGACGCCGGCACCCAGGUGGACCUCUCGGCCGACACGAUUGCCUACGACUCCGACGAUGACAUGAUGAAGCGCAAGAUCAGCGCGCUGCGCAGCCGCAAGGGGCACCCCAUCUACUCGCGCGAAGACAUCCGCGAACAGUACUGCAUCACGCGCAAGGAGAUCGCCGUACUCGACGACAAGGGCGCCACCGCCCGCAGCCUGUUCGGGUGCCUGGCCGCGCAGGGAGCCACCGGAGGAGGAGGCGGGAGCCCCUGCAACGCGGCGCUCUUCUCCUGCGUCCAGCGCGCCUCGAGCGACGAGAACAUUCCGUCGCCGCCCCCGCCACCGGCGACGCAGUCAGGCGGCGCCAAAGACGACGAUGACGACUUCGCCAGCUCGGGCUUCCGGCGGCGGCCCAAGCCGUUCUGCCUGCAGGACCCGAAGCUACGCUUCAGCAACCUCGACGCGGCCGACAGUGACUCGGUGCGCGUAGUGGUUCACUCCAGGUCCUUCUCGGCGCGACCCAGGCUGCAAAGCUGCAACAGCUACUGGCAGCACGAGCCAGGGCAGCCUGGCGAGCAGCAGCAACCUGAGCUACGUGUCGCGAUGCGCCUCCCGACCGUCCAACCUGAGCUUCCAGUCGAGCGGGUCACGCUGGGCCAGUGUCACAGCGUGGACGCCCUGAACGACGCCUCCACGUGGAGGCGUCGCAGCGACGGCGGCGUCGCGGUGCCCGACGCGCUGCUCGACGACCGCCGGCCGAAGCACGUGAGCUUCGACUCGAACGCGCUCGUGCGCAGUAACACAGUCGCCGGCGGACUGGAGGACGUCGAGCUCAGCCUCGGGGGACCCGCUGCCACGUCCACGCCGCUGGGGCGCCGCGCCGUAUCAACGCCGGACGGUUCCCAAGAAAGGCUCUUGGACGCUCGCCACUACCAAGAUUCUUUCGAGAGAGCCGCGUUCGGACGCCGACGGGCUCUGGUGAAGACGCAGGCCACGCAGACCGAGAGCGUCUGCAGGACGAAGGCCUCGCUACCCGCCUACCUCACUCUGUCGCCGCGGGCGGCGCGCGGAGCGAAGCACAAGGCUGCCCGGCGGCGCAAGGCCAAGGACGCGCGCCGGGCCGGCACGUCCGUGAGCGACGACAGCGAUGACGACGUCAUGGAGGUCGAUCUGGUGAGCAAGCAGCAGAGGCUGCUCCCGUCUCCCAAGCCGCACAAGCAAGGAAAGGCCAAGCAGGAUUCGUUGAUGGCCAACAAGUUCGAAGACGGUGGCUUCGAAGCGAAAAGUCCCCGCACCAAGGGCCACAUGGAAGAGCUCAGCAGGGCGCUCUGUAAGAUCGACCUGCUGAGGGAAGCCAGGAGCAGUUCGAGGCCUGCCCCCGUCGGCCACGAAGACGCCGUGUUGAACAGCAGGCGAGACGUGGGUAGCAAUUACCAUUCAGGACCGCGAGUGGAACACCAGUCGAAUGCCAAGCAAUACCUUUCCAAGGAAUCCCAUAGGAGAGAAGAGAAGCGAACCACUCACCCCGCGCAGCCUGAGGGACUGACGUCCCCGGAAAGCGAGUCGUCUAGCAGCCAGUUCACGGAGCGCGAGUCCUCGCGGAGCGAACGUUCCACCAGCAGUUCUGGACCUGCCGUGGCGGCCAAACUGCGAGAUGCAAACGCAGACGCCGGCCGGCAGGACACGACCAGCGAGAGCACCUCUGAAUACGUCACGGCCACCGAACACUCCGCCAAAAUCCGAGAGUCGACAGAAACGAGCAGCACCAGUCAGGCCCGCCGCGACGGAACUGACACGUCCUUCGAGACAGCUUCAUCGGCCAGCCUCUUCAGCUCACCUUCGUCGAGGAAUGGCGCGCGUACAAAAACUCCUUCUCCCAAGGCUUCCUCGAGAGACGUGACUCGGGAUCCGGACGAAGCGGCCAUGUCCUCCGAAGAGACGGAGAAAGGCCAUAACGACUCGUCAGACGAAUCGACCAAGAAGGAAGAGCAGGUGCUCUCAUCGGAGUCCGGCGAGUACUCGUUGGGACGCGCCGAAGGAGUCGAUGAUGAAGAUGAAGACAGGACAGACAAGUCCGACGACGAGGAAGGUGCUUUGGAGAGAGACGCCGACAGCAGACCCGCUUCCCAAGCCGACGAGUUUUCCGAAUGCGCCGCGCCGCCCCACCAGCCACCCGACUUGAUGCGCACGGCGUUCUUCGAUCAGGGAGGACCGUGCUCGUCUCGAAACGACGAAGACACCGACGACAUGGAGCCCAUCAUGAUGCCCUUGAUGACGUUCCGCGACGUCCAGAACGCGAUCAGCCGCUCCGAAAUUCGACAAUACGACGAGCUGUCUACCGUGUCCGAGGUGUCAGAAGAGAACAGCAAUUCUGACCAGCAAAUCACCGAACGAUACCAACCGCCGGUGCCAGAUGCUAUCAGCAAGCCAGAGACACCACCUCCUCCGCUGCCUCCGUUGCCGAUGCCCACGCCACCGCCGCCCACGGAAGAGCGGCAGCCGUCGGAAGGACGGGCCGCACUUGAACAACGCCCGCCAUCGGAAGGACGACCGCCGCCAUUAGAGCAGCCAGCAUCGGCUGGACAAACGGAACCACAGGAACGGCCAGCAGCGACAGAGCGGCUGACACCGCUGUCUCCCGACCAGCCUAAGGAACCGUUCCAUUACUCGUCCUCGGAGUAUCUCGACUCGGAAGUGACCACUCCGAGCUUCGACAGCGCCACGACGUCGUGCAGCUUCAACGUGGACCUGCCGUCGUCGGCUGCAGCGGAAGCCUCGCUCGAGACGACAAACCACGCGUCCAACCUGUCGACGACCACGACCGACUCCGACAGCAAGAGCGCAAUGGUCGUCGAGGGCGAGUUGACGCGAAAUGACGACACCGACGUGACGGACAGCUCCACGUCGACGCAUACCACGACUCGACGGCGCCCGCCAGAGGCGCCGAGGCAGCAGCCUGACGGCGGCGGUGCCAUCCCCAAACUGCAGGGGAUUGUCGGCGGCGUCAGCAGCACCGAUCACCGACGCCGACGCGAGCGCGCCGCUCGCGUCCGCUGGGAGAUACUGGACGCGGCGUGCUCCGCUCAGGUGGCGACUUCGGCCGAGGACCUCUGGAUGAGGCAUCGGGAUCUUCAGGGGCGCCGUUCGCGCUCCCUCCCGCGCAGCCCUGAGAGCAUGGGCCUGGACUCGGUGGUGUGCAGCCAGUGCGGCGACAAAGUGCGCGAGCACCGCGUUCCCGGGCUCUACUCUUGGGAGCGGCCGCUGACCAGAGGACAUUGCCUGGACGGUCGUCGAUCGGCGCCGUGCCCGGAUUAUGGGCACGUGCGGAUGCCGGCGCCGUACCCAGCGGCCGACUUUUACGACGACGACGAUGACGAUGAGGACGCUGGUAUUCACUCGAGAAGCUAUAGGCAGACAAACUGGCUUUACAUUAACAGCGAACACGAAAUGUUGGCCUGGAGACAGCAUCUUAGGGGUAAUUCAGCGAGGAGAAUUAGGAAAGAGAGCAGCAGCAGCAGCGUACUGUCGGACUCUUCGCCUUCGUCCUCGUCCUCGUCCUCACCGGCGCACAGCCGCUCGAGCUCGCCGGAGUCGACCGAGUCGGAGCGCGAGUUCCGGCGCCAGUACGUGACUCUGACGCAUCGCAUGAUCCACCGGAAAGCCAGCCUCGAGAUGUACCGCCGAAUGGCGCACCGCACCUUCGAGGCCACCAAGACCGUGCGGAUUGAGAAGAGCAACGGGGAGUUCGGGUUCCGCAUUCACGGAAGCCACCCGGUCGUAGUAUCGGCCAUCGAGAAAGGAACGCCGGCACAGUCAUGCGGCUUGGAGGUGGGAGACAUCAUCAUCAGUAUAAACGGCAUCAGCGUGCUGGAGGCAAAUCACUCCGAAGUGGUUCGGAUAGCUCACGCAGGCACCGAGGUGCUGGUGAUGGAGCUUGCGCGCACGUGUCACGUGCUCACGCCCAAGGUGAAGGAGCACCCGCCCAUCAUGUGGGGCUACCUGCAGCGGCUCAGCAGCGGGGGCCGCACCAAACGCUGGUGCCGGCGCUGGUUCGUGCUCAAGCCCGACAACCGCCUCUACUGGUACAAGAACGAACGCGCCUACGACAUGGUGGGUGCCGUGAUGCUGGAGGCGGUGUCGGUGAGCCGCGUCGUCGAGGCCGGGGCCGAGCACGCGUUCAAGGUCGUCAAAUCGCCGGGGACCACAUCCAACUCCAACGCCAUCUAUUUCGCGGCCGACGACGAAGAGGCUGCCGGAAGAUGGAUCAGUGCCUUGAACCAAGUCGCCUGCAUCGCAUCAAGGGGUGCUUCGUACAUGGACACCGUGGUGAGCAACAUGCACUCGCCUUGCGGUUCCCUGCCAGACCCCGACUGUCAGGGCUACCUAUGCAAGCUCAGCCAACAGUGGAAAUCCUGGAAGAAGAGGUUCCUCGUGCUCAAGGACGCCUGCCUCUAUUUCUACAAGGAUCGGAACGCUCCCGUCGCCGUGGGCGCGUUUCUUCUUCACGGUUAUCGCGUGCAAAGCUGUUCCAUGACCGGCAAGAAGAACACGUUCGAGGCGAUACCCCCCGAGCCCCUGAUGCGGCAUCUGCGAUUCCUGGCUGACACCGAGUACGAGAAGAAACGAUGGCUUGCAUCGAUGGAGUACUCGAUCGACCGGUGGAUAAAAGUUUGAUGGUAGCUUAAACUAGCUGAAUUGUGCCAAAGCAGCUCGAAAAUGGAUUUUCGCCAACAGUGACUCAGGACUCGAGAACGGAAAACUUGACGUGUGACGUUGACUGUGACCUUGAUGGAGGAAGGCAAGACAGGACAAGAAGACAAAAAGAAAGAGCGAGAGAGAG